UUCGUCAGAAUCAAAUACAUCGUAUCAUAAAAUUUCAGACUUGGGAUUUUUACAUGAUAUAUAAAACAUAUUUGAAUUAAAAUUUUAUAAAAAUGUCAAAUUUGCUUGUACGAAAAGGACUUGAAUUAUUGGGUUAUGAAAAAAAUGUAAAACAAGAAAAAAGAAAAAAGAAACACACAAAAUAUAAAGGUACACUGGACCUAAUUCCACCAAAGCACAGAAUAUUAUCUAAAAAUGAUAAAACAGAUCUCGGUACAAUCCUUGGACGAUCAAGUAAAGUAACAGUUUAUGAAACUCAAAAGAAAUUAGCCGUACAAGAAGAUCCUACAGAUGAAAAUGUACAAAGACUUUUAAUGCUUAGUAACAAUUGUAUUGAUCCUGAUACAACAAAUAAGUUAUUGAAUAGAGCUGUAAAGAAGAGGUAUAUUCCAGAAGCAAAGAAACUUAAAAAACCUGAAACCACUGUAUUUAGCGAUGAAGAUUUCAAGAAAUUUGAAAAGGAAUAUGUGGAUCAGUAG